UCAUCACAGACCAAUAACUGCAAUAUCAACAGAACAUUAUCUUCAUCUUCAGGAUGUGUCUAUUCUGAGGCAGUUUAUGGACUUGGGAAAGUAUAGUGAUUCCUAUGUAGCCUAAUGCAAACUGUAGAACUAAAUUUGGAAAACGUCAUGACUUGAUCGACUGAAUUACAGCUUUAAGAAUUAAAAAAAAAAAAAUGUGACAUGAAAUUUGAAGAAGCCUGCGUGUAGCCUCACAUUGUCACGUUUGCGUCCUAUAGUUCAUAGUAGCCUCCUUGUUGUUGAUUGUAUUGUUGCCUAGGUUGUUGGAGUUUGACUUAAUUUGAGUCUGAAUAGCACCAGUGCCAAACAAUUUUAAAAUACUUUGGAAUCAAAGUAAUUCUCUGAUAUACAGUACCGUCUUUCAUUCCAACAAAAGCGGAAUAGCUUCUCUCACCGAAUAUACCAUCCCAUUAGGAAGGCUGCUGCGUCGCCAGAUCAGAUUUCAGGAACAGCGAUUCUGACUGAGUGACAUACCAAGGAAAACAAAUGCUGUGCCUGCGGGAGUCUGGAGACUGCCUUCGGGAGCAGAUGCGCUUCAUGAUGAGGUCCCUGCAGGACCUGAAGCAGAUGAGGAGGACCUGCGUGGCCCCCGGCCGCCCGUCCGCAGUGGCGCGGGCCUGCCAGCAGAGGGCGCUGCAGCGGGAGCGCCGAACGCGGCUGCGGUCGUCGGAAGCCAGCGAGGCCAGCACGUACGACUCGGCCUGCUGCCUGACCGCGACCGCGGAGGAGGAGGAGGAGGGCGGGGGUAGUCAGCUCAGGCUGAUGUCCCCCAGCAGCGAGAAGAGCCUGGAGUUCGACUCCGGCUACUCAGAGGCUUCCUGGCACGACGAGGGCGUGGUUCUGAGGCGGACCAGGAACGUGCGUGUCUCCACCAGCGCCUGCCUCCGCACAAACCGGGCCCCCGGCGACCGGGUUCGGCCCAAAUCCACUUCAGACGCUUGCCUGGAGCGCUGGACCUCCUUUGAGGCCAGCAACCCUGAGGACUGGACCACGUCGCUGCUCACGCGCGGCCGGAACCGGCAGCCGCUAGUGCUGGGCGACAACAGCUUCGCCGACCUCAUCGAGAACUGGAUGGACCUGCCAGACUACCCCGACAAGGCCGAGCUCAAGCCCGCCGCGGGCCGCCGCCUGGCCAAGGACUUCCUGGUCAACGUACGGCGGAAACUGGCGGGAAUGGCGAAGAACUCAGAGGGGCGGGGGAAGCCGGCGGACUCCUCUCGGGAGAACUUGGCUUCAGCGGCCCCCAAGCGCCUCUCCUGCCCUGUGGGCUUUCAGACGCGAGUGCCCUUCUUCCACAAGUCGCACACAGGCCUGCACGAGCUGGGCACAGACUUCUACCGCUUCACUGCCCUCAUGAAGACGGGUAGCCGGCAGCCAAUCAUCUGCAACGACAUCAUCGGCUACAUCUGACUGUUGUCAAGGCAGUGGGCUGCUUUCUCUCUGUAUCUCUUUCUUGCAUGGACAGUUCCCAAAAUGUGAAUUUAUUUUUAUAUGAUACAUUUCUGCCAAUAUUAAUGUUAUGUGUGUUGUAAUAAUAAAUGCAUUUUCAUCAGGAAAGAUGUAAAAAUAA